AUGUCUACCCGCAAACGUUUUCGCCGGUGUACACGUAUCCGUCCUACCCCUAUACUUAUCCGGUGUCUUACAAUCCGUACAUUACUCUUCUCCGCCGAUAGACGAAUUUUAAGUAAGUAAGUAAAUAAACAUGUGAGCUCAAUAAAUUGAAUUAUUAGAAAAUAUUUUACUUAUAAACAGCAGCCAGUCUUAGUAUAAAGGUUUCAUCUUGAUUAAUCCUUUUUUUAAGUUUUUUGUUUUAAAGCCGUCUGUAUCUACUGAUUUAGAAGUAUUUACAUAUUUAUAUAAACAUUUAUCACAAUAAUUCCUAGAUAUUUCUUGAAGAUCCUUACAGUCUGAACUCGAAUUUACUGAAGAAUAAAUUGCUUUACUACCUAUUUAAAAAAAAGAAUUGUAUUGUAUAUAAUUACAGUAAUAACUUAUGAGUUACAUUAUGAUGUAGGUAUAAACAAUUAGUUUUAUUGUGUAAACAAUAUUCUCCUUAUCGAACCGAAUCUUAUUCUCUCAGCUUUCGCCCACGCUCAGUAAUCAUCUGAGUAUUGAAAACUGCAUAUUGUUUUUAUCAAUUAUUGUUUUAUUUAAUGAUCCACAUAAUAAUUAUAUCUCUUUAUUUUCAGAAAAAUAUGAAAAUACGUCUACAGAAUCAACAUCUUUUGAAGAUUACAAAUAA